UCAAGAUGUAUUAUCCAUUAAACUUGAACAUUUAUCAGACUUUAAAAAACACACAAGUCUCUUUUUCUUCGAUCUCAAUUAUUCCUUUCUUCUCCCUCCAAAAUCGCGUGGAUCUCUGCAAAAAGUUCCUCACCAAUAAUCUUCUCUCUCUUUCUAUCGAUUCCACAUAUUAUAUACUGCCAAUCGAUUUCUUCUUCUUAAUAUCAGAAAGAUCUAGGGUUCCGUGCUGAAUCUGCAGCUCCGAAUCUGAAUAUCUCCACCGCAUUUGUUUUCUUCCAUUUCGAUUACGCGGUUUCGAUUCGAAUGCAUUGAAAUUCACUCGUUACGGUGUUGGAAAAAAGGAAACAAAUCAAAUUCAGGAUUCGUUUUUGAGUUCUGUGCUUUUUUGGGAUUUGGUUUUUGAAUGAGAGAUACGGUAACGAAAUUGGUUUAGAUGAGUAUGGAGGUGGUUACUGAUGUGGCGUCAUUGGACGUCGAAUUGUUGCAGCUUCCCGAGUUUUCCACUCUGGCUCUCAAAAGUAAUCUCAAUUUUGUGGAGAAGCUAUUCGAACAGUGGUUGUCCCUUCCCGAAAGUAAUCGAUUGGUAACAUCAUUGCUCAAUGAAGCUAAAUCAGGUGUUCCUCUGAAUGUUCCCGGGAGUUGCUCUAGCCCAAAUGCUGCAAGUAAUUCUUUGCCUUCCAUGUUUCCUGCUGGCACUGCUCCGCCUCUUUCACCAAGAAGUUCAUCAGGUUCCCCUCGCAUUGUGAAACAGAGAGCCGCCCCUUCUAAUUUGGGUUCUCCUUUGAAAGUUGUCAGUGAGCCAAUUAAAGAAGUGAUACCUCAGUUUUUCUUUCAACACGGACGGCCACCUCCAAAUGAUCUAAAAGAACAAUGUCUCUUUAGAACCAGUCAAUUAUUCCAUGAUCACUUGGAUGGACUGCAGGUGCAUGAAUUCAAAUCAAUUACUAAAGAAGUAUGCAAGCUGCCAUCAUUUUUUUCCACUGUACUUUUCAAAAAAAUUGACAACGGAGCUGGUGUUGUGACAAGGGAAGCAUUUAUUGAUUAUUGGAUUAAUGGCAAUAUGUUGACAAUGGAUUUAGCUACUCAAAUAUUCAUAAUUUUAAAGCAACCACAGUUGAAUUACCUAACUCAGGAUGAUUUUAAACCUGUUCUGCGUGAGCUUUUAGCAAGUCAUCCAGGCCUAGAGUUCCUGCAGAGCACGCCGGAGUUUCAAGAAAGAUAUGCUGAAACUGUGGUAUACAGAAUUUAUUAUUACAUUAAUAAAACCGGAAAUGGUCGUAUGACUCUGAGGGAGCUUAGGCGUGGAAACAUAAUUGAUGCAAUGCAACAUGCUGAUGAAGAGGAAGACAUCAACAAGGUUUUGAGGUACUUCUCUUAUGAGCAUUUUUAUGUUAUAUACUGCAAGUUUUGGGAGCUGGAUACAGAUCAUGAUUUCUUGAUAGACAAAGAGAAUCUUAUCAGAUAUGGUAACCAUGCGCUUACCUAUCGAAUAGUUGACAGAAUAUUUUCUCAGGUCCCAAGAAAGUUUACCAGUAAGGUUGAGGGAAAGAUGGGAUAUGAAGACUUUGUUUACUUCAUACUGUCAGAGGAGGACAAAUCAUCUGAACCAAGUCUUGAGUUUUGGUUCAAGUGCAUAGAUUUAGAUGGAAACGGGGUUCUGACAAGGAAUGAACUGCAAUUUUUUUAUGAGGAGCAACUGCACCGGAUGGAGUGCAUGGCCCAAGAGCCUGUGCUUUUUGAGGAUAUAUUAUGUCAAAUAAUUGACAUGAUUGGACCUGAGGAUGAGAGCUAUGUAAAUCUGCGUGACCUGAAAGGAAGUAAACUUUCAGGAAGUGUUUUCAACAUUCUGUUCAAUCUCAACAAGUUCAUGGCCUUUGAAACUCGUGACCCAUUUUUGAUUCGUCAGGAACGUGAGAAUCCAACAUUGACCGAAUGGGAUCGAUUUGCUCAUAGAGAAUAUAUUAGGCUUUCAAUGGAAGAAGACGUAGAAGAUGUCUCUAAUGGAAGUGCAGAAGUUUGGGAUGAAUCACUAGAAGCUCCCUUUUGAAAUAAUUUAUGGAUGAAAAAAGAUUAGUGCCCCAAAAUCUAUGGACUGGCCUUUGUUCAGAUACUUGACACGGUAUCAGCUUUUGAGUUGGAUCAUACCAGCUUUGCUUCUAAUAGUGAGAAAUUCCAAGCUUCAUUAUGGAAUGUGUUAUUGAUGAGCAUACUCCAAGAAUAUUCAGAUUUGCUGGUAGGGACAUAAAUUGAUCAUGGAAGUUUUGUUGCCUUGUACCAAUAUCCAUGCAAAGUGAGGAGUUUUGCUGAGAAAUGAUUUGGAAGAAUGAAUUAUAGACACCAUUAAAAACAUGUUAUUAUUAUUUAGGGACAUCUAAGUUGUUAAGGAACUUAAUAAAUAGAAUGAUUUUCUCACGUUUUGAUCGUUUAGUAGUUUGCUUCAAUGAUCAGAUCUGAAAUUCCUGCUGUUCAAGAUCUGUCAAAAAGUACAUUAGUUUUUCACCUUUGCAUUUGAUUGUCUUUCAAUGAUAUAUAUUUUUCUAGUAAUUGAAAUAUUUAGAGAAUAAUUCUAGACAAGUACUCACUCCAGUCUCAUAAUAGAUGUUCUCUAUUUUUAUUUAUCUUAAA